AUGCUUUCGAACCUUCCUGCUGAACUGCUGGCUAUGAUCGUACAACACCUGUGGGACGAGGGCGAUGGUAGCGACGAUGUGGCCAACCUUUCCACAACUUGCCGCAAGUUCGCCGAUUUAUCACAGCCCCUGCUAUUUCACGAGGUUCGCAUAAUGCUGAGAAGCCCCGAUCUUCACCAUUGGUUAGAACGGCGACUGGAGGAGAUGGAAGGAAUAUUCACCAUCCACCACUGCCUGAUCGCACUCAAUCAGUUGGGGGCGGUGAACAAGCUCACGGCGUUAACAAUAAAAGGGUCCAACGCAGAAGGUGUCGACGCAUCCUCCAUCACGCCAUCGCUCCUGUCUCCCAUCGCCCGGGGUCUCCGCACUGUCAUCAUCCAAAACCUGCGGUUCCUGAAUGCAUGCAUCUUUCAAGUGUUCCCUUCUUUGCAUUGCUUGGAAUUGGUGGAUGUCACAUUGGCCCCCAGCGCAUCAGAAGAGAGGGAUGGUGGUGUGGUGUCUACACGUCGUCUGACAUAUUCUCGUCGAAAGGGGGAGGCAGGGAUUGGCGACAAUGUAAAGGACGGUGUCCUGGACUGUGUUCGAUUGGGCGACGUAUCAGAUUUGUCAACUGAUUGCGACAGUGAACCUCGUAUUAGAGAUUUUAUCCGUGUCUUACGAGGGGCUGGGGCAAUUCUACGGAAUUUGGACGUGGACGUCUCGGGGGUAUCGAACAAUGGCAUGUUCGUUUCAAUCUACGCACGGGCGCAUGGAGCGCGACAACGACCAUUGGCGGGGUUCACACGUUUCCUCAAGCACAUCAAUGCUCCUCACCUUAGAAACGUGACUUUGAAACUGCUUUAUGUGGGCUUGUUCUUGUAUGACGUCGGAAGGCUUGUGACAGACGAAGGGUGGGUCGACCUGGACCAGGAACUUACAAGGCAUGCCGUCAACAACACUGGUUUUACCGUUACGCUUCUGUUCCAGUUGUGGAAACCCGGAUCGGGGUUCAGGUGGGAUAGUGGGGGGAGGGAAGAGCUCGAGACAGUGAUUAAAACAGACCCUCGGCUCAAUGGGUUGGAUGGUUGGGUUGACGGACCGCUCACUUCGACACACAUUAAAGUUCUGCUUCCCCAAACGGCGAAUUUGGCAUUAGUAGCCUACGAGCAGCUGUAG